AUGAAGAAAUCCCCGAUUGCAAAUUUAACAUCUCUUAUAUUUUCAGUGGGAGUGCUCGGGAAUUGUAUUUACCCUGAGUCUACGGAGUUUAAUGGCAAGUGUUAUGCUGUAUAUAAUGGACUCGACUUUAGUUCUUAUGGCCAAACGUAUGAGAAGGCAGCUGAGUUUUGUAAGACAAAUAAGAGUGGGGCACUAGCAUCAGUUACCAGCAGAAUGAUUCAGGUAUUCCUGACUAGUAUGCUAAAAGAAGUUCAGAAUGCUCCUGGUGCAUGGAUAGGACUGAACGACAGAGCGAUUGAGGGCACGUACAAGUGGGAAAGUGGAGACACGUACGAUGAAUCUUUGAGUAACUGGGCAAAAGGCUACCCUGAAAAUAGUAUGCCAAAUCAGAAUUGUGUCCGAAUGACGCUGGACUUUAAAAAUCCUGGCAUGUGGAAGGAUGCUCCCUGUGAUGUGAGGAGCUCAUUUAUCUGUGAAAAUGGUGCUACUCCUCCUGUCCAGCCAGGACCAAAGUGCCGGAUUGGUGGCCACAACGACUACUCUGCAUAUUACUUCUUCUGCUUCAAAGUCUUGACGACACCGAUGACCUACGCUGAUGCCAAAUCGGCUUGUACUCUCCCCGGGUACGAAGCAUCUUUAGCAACUGUCAUUGCAGGAUUCCAUUCGAGUUUCAUCCAGAGUAUGAUGUUCACUGAAGGAAUAUCAUCUGCCUGGAUCGGUCUUGAGAGCAAAGGGGGUAACACCUUUAGUUGGAAUGAUGGGUCACCGUAUGUUUUUUCCGACUGGGGACCCAAUGAGCCCAGUAUGAACACCACGUCCAUGACAGAAGGCUGCGUGUCUGCUGAGAUAGACUCUGACUCAAACAGUGACUGGAUGAGUGGCGAUUGUUUUGAGAAAAAACCUGCUGUCUGUAGUCUCAUUUCUGCACCGAUUCCAAAGCCACCAAUUAAUGCCCGUGGACAAUGUCCAGAUGAUUUCACCGAAGAUGAAUAUUGGUGUUACCACCAAGAAACCACACCCAAGAAUUGGACAGCUGCUCAGGAACAAUGCAAGGAAGUGUAUUCGGACUCCUUUGUUGCUGUUCCACAUGACAUCUCACAGAACAGAGUAAUAGCAGUGUCGUAUUCAUACACAUCUGAUAGUCUGUGGCUUGGAGUUAGCAGAGAUGAAGAUAGUAAGUUUCAAGCUCUUGAUGGUAACCCCAUUGACUUUGUGUUUUGGGAAGACGGGCAACCAGAAGGUAUGGCUGAUGAUGAAAACUGCAUUUCUGUGAGCAAAGAUGAAACUUGGAGAGGAAGAGAUUGUAGCCAGGAAAAGGAAUUUAUUUGUGCAGUUAAGAAAAUCAAUGCACCUAUCGACCAUGGAGGUUGCAGGAACGGGUGGUUCAAGUUUGGGAAUAAAUGCUAUCGGUAUUUCAAUGAGGAGGCAAUGUUUGGAGAGGCCGCUACCAAAUGUAGGAAUUCGGCAAUAGGUGGCAACCUGGCAGCUAUUGAAUCAGGAACUUUACAACAUCUGCUGGCCUACUUAAUGAGCCAGCUUAGCGGCAGUGAUACCCCGAGCGAUGUGUGGAUAGGUUUAUGGGAUAUUCAUGAUGAAGGAACCUUCUCAUGGGUGAAUGGAGAAAAUUUUGGAUUUUUUGACAACUGGGCUCCUGGUCAACCUGAUGGUUAUUUACAUUUCGACAACUUACCGGGUGCGGAUGAUUGUGUGAAAAUGGUCGCUAACCCAUCAAUGCCUGGCCAAUGGGAUGAUGUCGACUGCUAUGUCAAACUGCCUUACCUAUGUGAAUGCUAUCUGGAUCCUGACAUUACACCACAACCAAUAGCUCCUGGACCAUCCAUUUGCGGAAUACCAAAUUACAUUCAAAUCUCAGGCACAUGCCUGCGUCUGGAACCUGAACUUCUCACCUUCGAGGAAGCCGAAAAAAGUUGUACUGAAGAAGGGGGCCAUCUUGCAACAGCGCCAGAUGGUUAUAUUGAUGGAUUUCUGCAAUUCCUUGUGUCAGUCAAUCAAACAGUUAGUAGGGCUUGGAUCGGUCUCAGCGAUGUAGCGGGUACCGGGGAAUACAACUGGACCUACCCGUCGAUACCUGUCACUUAUACCAACUGGGGAGCUGACUCGCCACAGAAAGGGAAAUGCGUUGCAGUAGAGCAAUCUUCAAAUUGGUUGAAUGACCCUUGUGAUGAGAAGCACAGUUCAAUCUGUGAGGCCAAAUUUCAACCACCAGAACCCCCAGAGUGGUCACCAUGGCAUUGUGAAGAAGGAUGGAUUGAAUACAAAGGCAAUUGUUAUAACUUUGAUACCUACAGCGGAGGAGCUCUCUUCUAUCACUCUUACGCUCAGGCCAGGCAAGCUUGCGCCAAGGAUGGAGCGACCCUCGCCAGUCUCCACUCUGAAGAAGACAACCUCUGGUUCUAUACCAAGGCUCGAUUCCUUCUUGGGAAGAGGAAGGUGUGGCUGGGAAUGCACCGGUCACCAAGUCCAAGCGAUCGCAUGAUGUGGAAUGAUGGCUCUGCAGUAAACUAUGUCAACUGGGCUGAUGAUGAACCCAAUGGUAGAUUGGAUGGCUCUGACUGUAUCACAAUGUACGCUGGUAAUAAAGGUCUGGGAGAGUGGAGUGAUACCAACUGCUUUGAGCUCAACGCUUACGCCUGCCAGAAACAAGCUAUAAAAGGAAAUCCCCCAAUUUGUGAACCCGAGUGGGAACAGGUUCUAGUGAAGUCGGUAGCUUGUCUGUACUUGAGUAGACCAGAGGAUGGCCAACUGAGCUGGGUUGAGGCAGAGGCAUUCUGUAACAACAGAGGAGCGCACCUUGUUAGCAUCCUGGAUCCCAUAGAAGAAAACAUUUACUCAUACUAUUUGCCUAAGUACUUUGGUAGCGAUUUGGAAUCUUGGCCGUGGCUAGGGUACAGGUUCUACCCAGGGGCUUCUGAAUACACGUGGUCCGAUGGCUAUCAUUCAACUUUUUCAAAUUGGGGAAGUGGCCAGCCAGCCGACAACGUUGGUGAUUGUGCUGUCCAUGAAGUUCGUGGUUUGCACAGUUGGUUUAACAUCAAUUGUGGCCUUCGCCGUCCCUUCGUCUGCAAGAAAAACUCAACCUCAACAGAGCCCAUCAUUAAACCACCCACUGAGAUGCCGCCAGCUAAUAUGGGCUGCGCUGGCGGAACUCGCAUCGGGAAUGUCUGCUACAAGCUGGUCACAGAGGAAAUGUCGUGGGAGGAUGCUCGUCAAACCUGUGCAGCUGAGAAGAAUGGUGAUUUGGCUUCAAUCCCUGAGUAUGCUGUGCAAGUAUUAAUAACAACACUUCUGACCCUGGUUGAGCAGAAGGACAUCUGGAUUGGAAUGUCAUCUAAGAUGCCUGGCAGUAACUACAUUAGAGAGUUCCAUUGGGUUGAUGGGACUACAGUAGCGUUUACCAACUGGGCAUCUGGUCAACCAAAUCUACCUUUAGAUAAGGAUCAUUGUGUGAAAAUGCUGAAUGAUCCCGACGUUCCUGGUCAGUGGUAUGAUGACUUGUGCGAUCAGAAAUAUCCUUCCAUCUGUCAAUAUGACUUAACUGUGGGCGGAGUCAAACCUCCUCCAGACCUUGGUAAGGAGUGCCCGGACGGCUUUGAAGGUCUGAAACCAGCUUGCUUCAAGAUUGACACUGUACCCCGGAGCUACUCAAGCGCCUUAUCAUUCUGUGAGGAUCAGGAUACAAUCUUGGCUCCAGUUGAGAAUGGCUAUGAAGAUGCCUUCAUCGAGUUGAUGAUGUUUUCUUAUGGUGUUUCGUCUGCUUGGAUUGGACUGAGAUCAAACGAGGAAACAUCUGGAUCCUACAAAUGGUCUGCUGACAAUUGGCCUUUGACCUUUACCAACUGGGGAGACCAGGAACCAUCGAGUGAGAAAGGAUGCGUCGCGUCAGUCUUCUCCAAGGGCUGGCAGUCAGUGGACUGUUUUAAUCCCAUUAGGGCAACCAUAUGCAGAUCUAAGGAAGAUACACCUCCAAGUUCAGCGCCAGUUGAUCCCGACCUCCGCUGCCCAGAGACAUGGUACCCAUUGGGAGACCAAUGCUUCCUCAUCGAUACCGGCUUCGAGAGCGACAACGUCUUGAACGCCUUCUUCAAGUGCAGCUCCCUCGGUGGUUUGCCUCCUAGUGUUCAUAGUAGAGAUGAGAAUCUCUUUGUCCGGAACACUGUGCUGAAUGAACUCAGCGGGCGGUAUGCAUGGCUCGGACUUGUACUCAGUGAAGGUAAAUAUAAGUGGAUGGACGAAUCUCCUGUGGAGUACACCAACUGGAAGGAGGGUGAAGACACAUCCUUAAACGAUGGCAAAGAUUGUGUUGUGAUGGCAGCUGAACUUGAUGGCAAGUGGGAGCGAAGGGCUUGUACUGAACAAUCCCAAGUUAUCUGCAAACGACCACCAGGUGUUCGUACAACAACCGUUCCAGCUACAACAAAUUUCUGGAUGGUUACAUAUCAAGCCAGUACAGGUAUUGGAGUAGGUCCUCUGGUUGGCAUCGUCGUUGGAGGAGCAGUUGGCUUGAUAGUCUUUCUGGUCGGUGCUUGCUACCUCUGCGACAAAAAGAAGCAUGAAAAUUGGAGUGGUGACGACCCAGAAGGUCCUCGCAACGUAAGGCUCAGCACGGACGUUGAGCUUCGAAUCAAAGGACCGGACGAAGAAAAGGGUGAAGGGUCCGGAAACUGUAAGAGUGAUUCCGGCAGCCGUAAGAGUGAAUCCACCAGCCAUAAGAGCGAUUCGGAUAGCAAUUGCGGGGACAGCGUUUCGUUGUAGCUGGUUUCUGGCCGCUCUUGAAAGCUUGGUUUGCUCAAGGUUCGUUGCUGGAUGUGCUGUGUGAGAUCAUUGACAGUCUAAAAUAACUAUAGUAUCUGAAGCCGUCUUCAAUAGCAUCCCGCAUUAAUUCUAAAAAAAGAAGCUACAUGUAAGUACCCGGAUCUCAGACAAAAGUGUCAAAUUUCACGGACACGCACGUACAUUAAAAUUAUAAGUUUACUAUAAUAGUGAUAAUAAUAAUUGUGGCUUCUUAUAUAGCGCACAUGUCUGUCACUCAGUGACGCUCCUGGUGCUGUAACAUACAGUAUUUCCUGCAAGAUGUGGGACUACAAUACUCCUCACAACUAACUACACUUCUACUGCAGUUUGACGUAUCGAGGACGCAGUGAUCAAGGUGGUGUAGCAUGUUUGUCUGACAGCCGGGUAUUUUAACAAAAGAGACAUCAUUAAUGCGGACUGCUAUUCCACUUGGAUUUAUUUACAGCAAAAUUCCACAGGCCACGCCUUAUUAUUAACACUCGGCAAUUCUGGGCUCCUUUUUGGGUUCAACACCCUGUCUGCAUCAGCAACAAUUUACAUUUAACUUUUACUGGGUCUGACACCCAUCCUUAUGUAAGUACUCAACCAGGCACUUGGUUUUCUGUCAAUCAAUGUCUUUUAAUCAAGAGAUUUGAGCAGACACAGAUGUUGGGACAUCACAGGUUGUUGCAACAACAAAAAUAUGUAAAAUAAUGUUAAUUUUGUAACGUUGAUGUUGCUCAACCAACAGCUAAAGACAAUGGACAGUACUGGUAAUUGUCAAUGACCAGUCUUCUCACUUUGUGUAUCUCAACAUAUGCAUUAAAUAACAAACCUGUG